GAUCGACACCAUGUCCCCGGGCAGUGGGGUGAAGAGCGAGUACAUGAAGCGCUACCGGGAGCCGCGCUGGGACGAGUAUGCGCCAUGCUACCGCGAGCUGCUGCGCUACCGCCUGGGCCGCCGGCUACUGGAGCAGGCGCACGCGCCCUGGCUCUGGGACACCUGGGGCCCUGACAGCCCCUCAGACAGCUCGGCUUCACCCAGUCCCGCGCCCUCGGCUCCCUCCGAGCGGGAGGAGGAGCAGACUGUGGGGGAGCGCGGCGCAGAGCUGCGGGGCGCGGAGGUUGGGGACGCGGAGGAGCAAGACACAGUGCUACCAGCACCACCAAAAAAAGACAUAGAAGAAAAACCUGAACUACAAACUGGGGCAAAAGAGACUGACAGGGUGCCCAGUGGCCCCGAACCUCGACAACAUCCUAGUGCCUUAUUUGCCAGAGGAAGUAAGAAAGCAACCAGAAGCCCCCAAAGAUCAACAAGCAAAAUAAAAGAGAACAAGCACCCAUUUGCUCUGUAUGGCUGGGGAGAGAAACAGAUGGAUACGGGGAGUCAGAAGACACACAAUGUCUGUGCAUCUGCCUCUGUGCACGAGAUUCAUGAAUCAGCACUUCGAGCCAAGAACAGAAGACAGGUGGAGAAAAGGAAACUGGCUGCCCAGAGGCAGCGGGCUCACUCGGUGGAUGUGGAAAAGAACCGGAGGGUAAAGCCAUCUUCCGCAGAGAACCCGUGGCUGACAGAGUACAUGCGGUGCUACUCAGCAAGGGCAUAGAUGCUGGGACAUGCUCUUUCAAGUGUUUAUGGAAGAAAAGAAUGACCAAAACUAGCAAAUGGGACCACACACAGGUGGAAGAAACAGACUGGUCCUGCAAGGCUCUUCUUAGGAAUUUCCAAGAGAUGGUUUUGCUUUCAUGAUGGUUGAUCACCUACCUUCAUAGUUAGGGCAGAUCAUCAAAGCCAUAGUGUUGGCUUGUUUAUGAAGACAAGUCCCCGAGUCUUGAUAUUCUUGUAAGAGUUUUAUUUUAAAGAUUUUAAUCUUUGGAGAUACCCACACCAAAUGCCUUUAACCGGCUCUAGGCGCUUCCCAUGCACACCCUCCUGUAGUACAGUCGGAGCUGUCCUUUUUGACCAGCACAUUCCACAUCUGGCAGGGGCAUCCCAUCCCACAGUGCGGGACUCACAGGCACCACAUCUGUGCAGUUUGCCUUGCAGAGGGCACCAAGGAAAGCAAGGGCAUCAGUGCGAGGUCAAUGCUGUUCCUGACAGACUAGAACUGUGGCAACUGCUGAACAGUUACUCUCAAUGUUCCUUUCACCUCACCUCCAUGUAGACUAUGAUUCUUAAGAAUUUCCUGGCCAGAAUGAGGGUCACCUUUUCUCCUUAAACCAUCACUUAGACAUUUAUUUAGUAAUAUAAUUUAAUAGUUCUGGUACAUUCCGGUGAGUGACGUGCAGUGCAGUGCAUGCUUUAGAGCAAUGAUGACAUUUGUUUUGAGUCAGUGUCACAUUCUUUUAACUGCAGAAUUCCCUUUAGAGCACACAUGGCAUAGUCAGCUCUUAUUAAGUCUGACCUGCCACUCCCCUCUUUGGAGACAGCAGACGAUGACACUGAAAACUUGAAAUCUGAAAUGAUAUUUAAUGAACUGAGCUUGUGGGGAUGGGACCAGCAGGCACCCUUCGGUAUCAUCACCUCCAUUCUGCUUUUCCUUCCAUAGAACUUAAUGAAGGCCUCAUGAUGCACAGUGCUGAUACUUUAAGUUGAAAACAUGACUACUUGAUAUCCGGCCUGGUGACCUGUGCUGCCGAACUGUGGGAGAAUGGGGCGUACACUGGCCUGGGAACCACUGUCAAGGUUUUUAAAAAAAGGUUUUAAAAAGCAUAGGUUUCCAUGAGAUGGGCGCCUUUUCCAUCCUGCUGGAAAGAAGUUUAAGAGGAUGAGCACUGUGCUCUUCCAGAAACAGGGAGAUCUUUGCCUGCACUCACUCAGCAUCUGAGUUUGUUGGGUAAAACUGAGUGCUGGGUGUGUGUGUGUGACUGAGCAUCUCCAGGAUGUUUUCACUUUGGGUUUUUGAGUAUGAUAAUUUCUAGAACACAAACUGAUUUCAUUACAUAUAAAUUUGUCACACAGUGUCAUCUUAAAACUGUAUGAAGCUUUGAAAAUGCAAACUGAAGGAUCAUGAGUGUUUUUUUAAAAAAAAAAACAAACUUAAAAUAUUUGCCUACUUUUGUAUAGUCCCUUGUGUACAGAGCCCUCCCACUGAAGUGUAUAUCUAAUUAAAGAUUAAGUUCUACAUCUUGUCCAAAUACAACCUUGCUAGUGACUCUGUUAACCACAUAGUCCCCAGAUGUCACAUAGGCAAGGUGAUUGGGACAGUGGCCCAGUUGGUUGAGAAUUACUCUUUGUAAAACUGUGCCUUGAAUGCCUGUGUUCCUCACCCAGCCUACAUCAUCAAGUUGCACCCGACAAUCUCAGAAAGACAGGUGGGGAGGGCACAGGACCUCCCCACGACCCCACCCUCACCCCUGGCUUUCAGAAUCAUGUAGAAGAUACGCGCAUCCUUUUGCCUGUGUGUGGACGCACAGGCUGAAGUGCACGGAGAGGCCAUGCUGGUGUCUUUGCCACUUUCUUUUUACACAGAGCACAACUGCUCAGGACUUUGCAGAAUAUUUAAUGUUCCCACACCACAAAUAAGUCAGUAUGAGUUACCUGCGACUCCCCACACCCCAGUCUCUGUAUGUUUAGGCUUCAAUUUCUUUCCUUUAAAAAAGAUGAUUACCUUUUGAGCCUAUGAAGUUUUUAACAAAUUGAUCUUAUGAACAAUUUUUUCCUAUCCUAGGAGCUAAUACAGGACAAGCUACAAGGCAAUGAGAUAAUUUAAAAUUAGCUUCCAUGCUGGAGACGUCUGAAAAUGUUUGAGAAUACAGUCAUAUUUAAAAUAAAUGAUACAGUCUUUUAAAAAUUUUUGAUUUUAAGGUCUUAAUUAAAAAUUUUUUCCAUAA